UUGAAGUUGUACUUUUAAAAGUGUAAAUGUUAUAUAAUUCUUAAAUUCAAGACAGUAAUGGAAAAAAUGAAGAAAAAAUUAUCAGUAAUAAUGAAAUUCACAUUUUUAUCUGAAACACCACAUAAACGGAAUCAAUAUAUUGCUGGAUUUUUGGCAACAAUGACAAUGUUUAUGGCUGGAACAUGCAUUGGUUGGACUUCACCUGUACAAAUCAAAUUACAAAACAAUGAAACACCAUUUGAAUGUACAGAAAGCGGUUGGGCAUGGGCUGUUUCGUUUUUAACAUUAGCUGGUGUUCCUUGGUCUGUAUUUGCUGGCAUAGUUACUAAUAAAAUUGGUCGUCGUCUAACGUUGCUAUUAGCUGCACCUAUUUUUUUAAUUGGAUGGAUAAUAACAUAUUUUUCAUACAGUUGUUAUACCUUAUUAGCAGCUAGAUUGAUUUCCGGUGGUGGUAGUGCUAUUGGUGCUGCUGUGAGUUCUUUAUACAUUGGUGAAAUAUGUGAACCUGAUAUUCGUGGUCGAAUUGGAGCUCUAGUAACGUUCAUGAAUAAUUCUGGUGUACUUUUUUCUUUGUGUGUUGGUCCUUUUGUAUCUUACAAGACAUUCAUAAUAAUUUUAUCAACCAUUCCGUUCAUAUUUUUGGUCACAUUUUAUUGGAUGCCCGAAACACCAUAUUAUAGAUUAAAACAACGAAGAAGAGAUGAAGCUAUGAAAUGUUUAUUAAAAUUGCGUGGUUUGACUAACGAACAACAACUAACAACUGAAUUAGAAAUUAUGAAACGUGGUGUUGAUUCUGAAAUGGAAAAUAAAACAUCAGUGAUGGAAUUAUUCAAACAACCAGUGAGCCGAAAAGCCUUGAUCAUUGUGCUAGCUGUUCCUAUAGCAACGCCACCUCCCGCAAUAAAUCUAGCAGCAAAUAAAGUAUAA